CCGACGUGUCUCUGGGCGGUCUGGAGUGGAGGGUUCUAGAAGGCGUGACGUGGGGGGUCGAAGCGGGUUCGGAGGCGGGUUCUUGUGGGCAGCGGCGGUGGCCGCCACGACCUAAGGAUACACUAGCGACUGGGGUGGCGUACGCAGCCUAGUCUUGGAAGCCAUGGCGGCGCUCGGCCGGCCCUUCAGCGGCCUCCCUCUGAGUGGCAGCGCGGACUUCCUGCAGCCGUCGCCGGCCUUCGCGGGCCGGGCCUUCCCGCCAGGAGCCACCGGCCCCGACCUGGCCCCGCGGCCGGGCGCCCGCGUUGCGCCUAGCGGCCCGGGCGGGAGAGCAACGCGCGGACGCAGUGUUUCCAUUCACUGUAGAAAGAAACACAAGCGAUUGGCGGAGGAUGAAGAAACUAAGGAAAGCCGGGCGGUGGUGGAUCCCAGCAUGUGGGAGGCAGACACAGGUGGAUCUCUGUGUCCAUUAAGGAAGAAGCGAUUGACUGAAGCUGAGCUCUGUACAGCUGCUAAUGAAUGGGCUCUCGACACACACCAGGGUGUAGAAGAUCAUGGGGUAAACACGUGUCCUAGUGGCCUUUCUGUACCCAGCAUGCUAGAUGCUGUCUGUGAAGAAAUGGAUCAGACAACCACAGAAGCACAGUGUGAAGUUGCCCGCAGGAGGCUUCAAGAGAUUGAGGACAGGAUAAUUGACGAAGAUGAAGAGGUUGAAAGUGACAGAAAUGUUAGCCACCUCCCAAGUCUUGUCCUUUCAGACACCAUGAAAACGGGUUUGAAGAGGGAAUUUGAUGAAGUCUUCACAAAGAAGAUGAUUGAGUCCAUGAGCCGUCCUUCAAUGGAGCUUGUGCUCUGGAAACCUCUCCCUGAACUCCUUUCUGAGAAGCCAAAGCCAUCUUCUAACCCUAAGAACUACGUGGGAGAGAGCCAGACGAAGCGUGCAGCUGCCAGCACUGCCUUUCCACAGAGAACUGAACUGCUGCUAGAACCUCGGCACACAGACACACCGCUUUACCACGCUCUGGAGACAGCUGCUAGCACAGAGGAGGAGAUGGAGCUCUAGAGACCAGUUUCUGCUCCGACUUGGCAAGUUCUAGAAGGCUCCUGUGUUGAGUAAUGAGCCUGCCUGUAUAGUAUAGGGACCUGAAAGUUUUAUGAAACGGGUGUAAUAUCUCCACCUGUGAUUUGGGGUGGGACUGUCAUUGUGGGUAGCCAUUUAUUGAAUUCAACUUUUUGCCAAGGAAGCUUAUCUCAAGGGAAAUACAGUUUUCUAACAGGCUUAUCCAAGAAAUGUUACAGUCUCUUUAAAGACAACCAUAGACGCUGAAUGUGUUACAGUGACUUAAGUCAUCUGUCACAUUGCUGAAGCCAUUCAUUCUUAAGAUGAUUUUAUAAAGAGGAAUGCUCCCAAUUGCCACUGUACCCUUACAGCAGAGUAUUGAGCUUCUUGUAGUGGUAACUGUACGCUUGGGGAGCGGGAGGGGAAAAAGCAAUAGUUUGGGUCUCUUGCAAAGGACUUGAAGGCACAAGGAAACUUGUGUUGGAGGCAGGUCGGUAUAGCUGUUAUUACUCAACCAGUAGCCCUUGGUCUCCUCUAAUGGCUGAUAAGCUCAGUUGCUCAGUAAUGUUUACACCUCAGUUAACUUUAAGUCGUUGAUUAAAAGAAUGUGAGGUAACCCUUGUGUGACUCGCCGAUGAAAGAAAGGUCUUUUCAUGAGGAUGUGCAGUGACAGCUAAACCCAGCGUUGGUAGCUUCUAGAGUUUAGAAAGGGAAGCUUACACUUGUAUUAGCAAGUUGAGUUUUUUAAAUGUUGGUUUUGAAACAGUGAAUUAGCUGAGAAUAAAUGGGCAAGUGUCUUGAAGAUUUAAUAGCUCAUUGUCCGGUGCUUAAGCUAUUGUACAGUAAGCCUAAAAGUAGGAGAUGGCUUCCUGCCAGCAGGAAAUCUUUACCCUUUGAGUACCCGAAUCAGGCUCAAGGUGUUCUUUGGGAAUAACCAGGGUUAAAGUUUUUAAUUUCUCAGGAAGAGCUCUUCAGCAUGGCAGGACAUGUAAUGAAGGCUUGGCAGCUCCUUCUGCGCUGUAGAGCAGUCUGUGUAAGGUGGUGGCUCUUUUCCACAGCAGAACACCUCAGUUUUCAUUUUCUGGGGUUCUUCUCCCUUUGUAAGGAGAAGAAAAGAGAAAGAUUUAUGCCGAGUAGAGGUGAAUUUUUAGAAACUAGCUUCCAGGCAUUUUUGCAACCCAUGCUGAAAUCCCUCCUGUGGACGGCAUAGAAGUCACAAGUCUGUCCGGUGGACUGUUUCUUUUGCCUAUUCUUGCUCUCUCUCUUUCUGUCUGGAUGUCAGGAAAAGGUGUAAUGUUUAAUAUUUAAACAAAAUAUUUAUGUCUACACAAUAAAAUUACUCCAGCUUCAAACCAGUAUUGAAACCAGUUGGAAACCAGCUAAUUGUUUCUUCACCUCAGACUCAGAGGUGAACGAAACUGUCUUCUUCUGUUGAAAUGUGCAAAUGUUUGGCUCAUGUCAUUUGAAAAACUCCUGACUUGUUUAAUGGGACCAAGGUGUAAAGUUUAUAGCCUUAAAGAAAUCUCUAUGCUAAGACAUCUUAGUACAGUUUAGAAGCAUGCAGGGACUGCCCAGAGUUUGGAGUUAGCCAGUGUUAGAGUGGGAAGGAAGUGACAGCUUUCCAGAGGGCACAGACACCAGGGCCACCUCUCAUCAAAGGCCUGAAGCGGCUUUGAUGCAUUUGGUAACUACUGAAGAGAAAGAAAAGGCGGCUUUUAACGAAGACACAAACAGAACUUUUCAGGAGCCCUUAUCUGACAUGACCCUUAUUUCUGCAGGAAAGUGAUGUUUCAUGCUCCUUUGUGGACUUUAUCUUCUUGCACAUGUUUGUACAAAAAGUCUUGUUCAUCCUUGUGGUGCUGGCUCAUCUGUCUCCACGGCCCCAAUGCCUCUGCGUCCUGUUUUCUUUUCUAGCAUAAGGCUUUGGCUUUGCCUUAAGGUUUUCCUAGGGAAUUAACAGGUCUUUUCAUCUUGUAUAGUUUUUGAAGCAUGGAUCAAACAUUGGCUCUGUAUGCUAAUGUGUGAAGGUCAGCAAUUAUCUAAAGCAGGUGAGCGUCAAUGAACAAAUGUGUGUUUCUCUGAGUUUGAGUCAGGUGUGUUGGGGUUUGUUUUGUUUCUUUUUGGAUUCUUAGUUUGGGUUUUUGUUGUUCUUAAUAUGAAGAAAUAAUGAGAAUCCAGUUCUCAUAAUUUAAAUCAUUCAAAAACUGCUCAUUCUUGAAAAGAUAAAAUAUAAAAUUUAAAAACAAGUAGGACAGGACUUAGACUAAAUAACUGCAGGGGGAACGUUAACCAGCAGGUUCAUUUGCUACUCUGGAUCUGGACCCUAACUUUAAUAGUGACAAGAAUGGUACAAUACUAAGAACAUUCUGGAAGAUGGUGUCAAUUUUGAUUUAAAAGUGAGACUCUGGUUUUUUCUGUAUGUUACUGUUUUCAAUAAAACUCAAGUGUUUUGAACUUUUUAAAGUACCUUAAUCUUGUACAUAAGGAAAUGAAAUAAUUUUUUCUUGCUUUCCUUUAAAUUUUAAUUAAGGUAGCAUUCCUAUCAGUGAAAAACUCACACUUGUCCUGAACUUAGAUACUGUUGGGUUAAAAGUGAGCAGUUUCAAAAAUAGACAGGCUGUUUUGCCUUUGUAAAUACACCUGCAGCCUGCUUCUGCCUGAGCAGGUCACUGCUGGGGUCCUUGUGAUGUUGACCCUUGAGACUAAUCCUUCAGUGCUCAUAUGUGAAGCUGAAGGGACUUGGAACCUUAGAGGUACUGGCUUGGCGGUCUGUGAUGUUGGUACAUGAUGUUCUCGGCUAAGAGCCAACAGUCACUGGGUGGCAGUAUUGCCUGCAUAUUUGCAAUUAUUCUUUGAUAACUGGAUCUCUUACUGGUGAGGCAAGUAGUUUAGCUUUGGGUUGCAGUUGCAGAAAACAAGACACUGUUUUAUUUUAAUCAAACUUUGAAAACCACGGUAAAAGUUAUCCAACAUAACUGGUUGGAAACUAAGAUUAGAAUAGAUGGUGACUGUUCAGUAUCUAACCAGCUCAGUGGGUCCAGGAUUUAAGUACAAGAUGAACAGAUACUCAGGGAAGUGCAGGUUUGGGUAUAUUGGUUUGGUUCUGUUAGUCCUCUAGUUCCUCAUACUAGUGGUGGCAUUUUAGAGAUGCAUUUUGAACAGUGCUGAUACUGAUGUUGACUUUUCAGCAUUGGUUUGGUGGGUAAGCCAGUCAUCCUACUUCAUGAAUGACAGAAGUCAAAACGGUUGCUAGGGAAGGGAGAGUCGUUUUCUUCAGUGGUGUAGCCACUGGUAAGUUGCCCAUGCUACAGUAAACCUCUCCACCCAUGCUCAUACAAGCAACCUUAGUUAAACUCAGUGGG